UUUAAUGAUAUUAAAUUAAUAAAAAUGACAAGUGUUACAUUUUUACAUCCGGAUCUUGGCAUCGGAGGAGCAGAAAGAUUAGUAGUUGAUGCUGCGUUAGCUUUAAAAAAUCGAGGUUGUAAGGUUAAUGUCGUGACAACUCAUCACGAUCCGGAACAUUGCUUUUCUGAAACAAGAGAUGGAACGAUUCCUGUUACAGUUGUAGGAAAUUGGUUGCCAAGACAUAUCUUGGGGAGAUUCUUUGCGCUUUGUGCUUAUAUUCGUAUGAUAUAUGCAGCUAGCUAUAUAAUUUUCUGUGAACAUAAGCCAGAUAUUGUAUUCUGUGAUUUGGUUUCUAUAUGUAUACCUAUUCUUCGAUUACGAAUUCCAUAUAUAAUUUUUUAUUGUCAUUAUCCAGAUCAAUUGCUCUCACAACCAGGAGGAAUUAGUAAAAAAUUAUAUCGUAUAUUCCUUAAUUAUUUGGAAGAAAUAUCAACUGGAAUGGCACAUAAAAUAUUUGUAAAUAGCACAUAUACAUGUUGUGUAUUUAAGGAUACAUUUAAAAGAUUAUAUAUUGAACCUAAAAUUUUGUAUCCCUCUAUUAAUACAGACUUUUUUGAUAAAACUCCAAUAAUGUCUUUAGAAAGAGUACUUGAUAAAAAAUUACCUUCAGAUAGUAUUAUAUUAUUAUCUAUCAACAGAUAUGAACGUAAAAAAAAUUUGGGACUAGCAUUAGAAGCACUAGCAGAACUUAAAAAGUAUUUAACAGAAGAAGAAUACAGAAAAGUAUAUUUAAUUAUGGCUGGUGGAUAUGACAAAAGAGUUGAAGAAAAUGUAGAACAUUAUUUAGAAUUAAUAGAGCUUGCUGAUGAACUAUAUGUUACAGACAAAGUAAUAUUCCUUCGCUCCCCUUCAGAUAUCGAUAAGGUAUCUAUUUUAUACCAUUCUAAGAUUUUAUUAUAUACACCUCCAAAUGAACAUUUUGGUAUUGUACCACUUGAAGCAAUGUAUAUGAGUAAACCAGUAAUAGCACAUAAUUCUGGUGGCCCAAAAGAAUCUAUAAUUCCUGAAGUUACUGGAUUUUUGGUUGAUUUAUCUGGAGAUGCAUUUGCUUCAAAAAUAGCUUACUUAAUUAAAAAUCCAGUGUAUAUUCAAGAAUUUGGUAAUGCAGGAAAAAAAAGAUUUGCUAAAACUUUUAGUUUUGAUGUAUUUAGUGCUCAAUUGAACAAAACAGUUGAAGAUUUAAUACAAAAAAAAUUAUUAUAG